CUGCGUGUGUCAGUCGUGCGCCUUCUGUGACGCUCCACACGUGCAGUCCAACCCUCGGUACAUUCGCACGUAAACGUCUGAGCCAGCAGCUGGAAAAAACAGAGAAUAAGAAUCACUGAUAUUUGUAUCAUCAAGGGAAGAGAGAAGGAAAAGACAAGCAAUUCAAGAUGAUUUGCAGAAUCAUUUGUUUUAUUUUCUUCUGUUUUUCUUGCCAAGUGAAGUCCUUUGAUCCAUUCAGUGGAACGACGAGUAAAAUGCUCACCAUCACCAACAAUGAAUUCAAUAAUAGGUCCACUGGAGAUACUCGUCUGCUGGUCCAAAACGAGAAGAUGGUCAUCGCGGACUUCCACGGUGGUGUCGUCGCCCUUCUAUCUUUGAGAGAAGAGCAAGUGGUCGGAACACUGACACUCCCCGAAAUUACCUUCGGGUCCUUAGGAAUGGCCGUGUUGAACGAUGGAUCAGUCGCCGUGGGUGGCGAAUCAGAAAACAGAUGCUUCAUUUUUAUUCUAGACGUGAGUGGUGACGAGCCUGUCAUCACGAGGAACGUUUCAACACCUGCUCAUUUGGACAAUGGCGUGACAGCAAAUGGACCCCAGGACAAGAUGGCGCUGGUGACCAACGAUGGUAAGUUGACCGUCGUGUCCCUCGACGAUGGGACCGAGGAACAGUUGACUGAUGGUCUGGAAGUUUCCGUGCGCCAGUCAGCGACUCGACAUGGCGACAACUUGUACAUUUCCAACUGGUUCGGCCUCGACAUAGUCAAUUUAAACGACGGACAAAGAACCUCCAAUAUCGGAAGUCUGGAUCUUUCCACUAUGGCAAACAUGAGCUUUGGCCAGACAGCUUUUGACCCAGCAGGAAACAUGUACGUAGGCGCCGCUGGUACAAUGUGUGACGAGGACGCAGACCCACCAUGCGUGCUAGUGAUCUCCCCUGGCGGAACAUGGCGGAAGCUAGUAGACGGGCCUGAGGGGACCGACCCUCAAGGGAUUGCGGUGACCUCGUCUGGGUUUGUGGUCACGUGGAGUAAAACAACUCCAAGAAUUCAAACCGAGUUAGAGAUUUAUGAUAUCCUUUGAAACAAGCUGAAAAUGCUCUUUGGACUUUCGAGAUCCAUGUCCAUCUUUGAAACAUAAGUACCUUGGAAGAAAAAUAAAAAUGUGAUAUCUGAAA